AUGGCAAGUUGGUCAAAGACCUCGACGGCCACAGCAGCCAUGUCACCAGUCUUCUCUCGGUUGGAAGCACGGUGUGGUCGAUCUCGGCGGACAUGGCUAUACGCGUGUGGAGCUCGUCGUCCUACCGAUGCAUCAAAAAGAUUGAAACCAAGAGUUAUCUUGUCAGCAUGGCCAAAGAGCGCGAUCCUGCGAUGGGAUGCCAACACGUACGAGCCUAUUGAUAUCUUGGCGGGACACAAAAAGAUGGUGCAUUGCAUGAUACCCGUCGACAACUACAUUUGGUCGUGUUCGUCGGACAACCUCAUAUGCGUGUGGGACCCAAAUACCGGCAAACUGGUCUCUAAAAUAAUCGACCAUAAAAGUCGUGUCUUUUACAUGUUACGUGUCAACAACCAAGUAUGGUCGUGUGCAUGGGACAAGACCAUCAAAAUACACGCCAUCGACACACUCUCACUCGUCAAGGAAAUCGAGCCUGUCCAUCGCGACGCACUCAGCUGUCUCAUCACUAUUCGCAAAUCCCCCAUCUCACCCCUUCAAGUAUGGUCGGGUAGCUGGGACCACACAGUCAUCAUUUGGAAGACCUCUGACCCCGACACACAUGCAUCCACGCAGUUACUUGGUCCAUCCUCUAUCUCCUCCUCUUCCACCUCUUCGUCGUCGUCCUCUUCCGCGUCGACAUCCGGCAAAAAACACGGACACAAAGCGUACGAACCGCAUCCACAUCUCCUCGGCAACAACAAACGCACGUCUACGCGACUAUCCAUGUUCUUUGGCACACGCGACCCUGUACCAAGCAACAUGCAAAGUAUGGCACUUCAAGCAUCCACCUCAUCACCCAACCUCAACAUGACCAAUGCUCACAACCAACUGCCAUCCCCGCUCAUCACACCGCCUGCCAUGACACCCGCCAACAGCCAAUACAAUCUCAGCAGUCUCUAUACUAUCAACCCAGCACCUCCACCAGCCCUCCCAACCGUCUCGGUUACCCAUCUCCCAACACCCCCCAACAAGAUAGUCACAUCUCCAACCAGUAGUACACCCUCCUCAAUCUCUAGUGCAGGUGGUCGAGACGGACUAGUCAUCUCACCACCACCAACACUAGGUCAAUCAUCUUCCACCACCAACACCAAACCACAUUCCCCAAGAUCCAUAUUUAAUGCAAUCCUAUCACCAAGAUCUCAAUCAGCAAUGUCACUAACAUCACCAAGAAAAGAUAAAGAAAAGGAUAAAGAUAAAGAUAAAGAUAGAAUAUCAACAACACCAGGAGGAGAUAAUUUAUCAACAACACCAGGAGGAGAUAAUUUAUCACCUAAAUGUAUAUCUCAACCAUCACCAUCGAUUUCACCAAUGAAUCUUACAUCUCCAAGUCUGUCACAUGCACUAAGUCACAAUGAAUUAAUUCCACCACAUAUCCAACAUCAACAUAUUCAACUACCACCUCCACCACCUCCCCUACAACAAUAUAAUAAUAGUCAAUUAACAAAAAGAAUAACAUUGGCACAUGAUCUUACCAAACAAUCGAUAAAUCAUGCAGUCACAUGUGGAAUAUGCAAUGGAAAAAUAUCAACAAACUGGGGUGGCAAGAAACAAGUAUUCCAUUGUAACAAUUGUAAAGAAUAUUAUCAUAAUGGUGAAUGUGUUGAACAAUCAUUAUCAAAUAAUUGUUCAAGUCCUAAAUCUUAA